AUGCAGUACGGAACGGAGCGGAGCGGAGGCAGCGAGUUAGACAGUAGUAAAAUCACAAGCCAACCCGUGGCGGCAGCUGCCGCCUUCUUCGGGGCCCGUGCACAGAUUCCUAGAAACAUGCAGCCUGGCAGCGGCUAUUCGGCACGACUUGCCCUUCUCAAGCUCUUUGUGGAUUAUGCCAGCGAUUGCAUCGCCUUCGCCUUAGGUGCACUUUGUGUAGCAGGGUGCGGGGCCAGAAAGUCGCGCUUCCGGCACCGACAAGGACGGUCGACCCGGCAACGCCAACGUACCAACAACGUCAACGACAUUCUCAUGCCCUCAAGCGAGCAAGACGCUUCCCCGAACGCGACGCGCAGCCAACCCACACCCACGGGCACCCGACACCAGAGCGACACAAUGGCAAGAGCAAGGGCGCAUCGAGCUGAGCCGGACCCUGUGCAUAUCCACGUCGACGAGGAAGACGACCAGUCGCAGCACAUGGAUGAGAGUCGAGACCCGCUAGAAGAGAGCGGCCGCACCGUCGAGGACAGCGAUGAUGAGGAAAUAGUGGACGAGGCCGUCUUGGACGACAUGGAGCGCUUCGAGGAAAGCUUCAAGGGCAUCAGCAAAAAAUAUCGCCUCAUCAAUCGCAUCGGCGAAGGCACCUUCUCCACCGUUUACAAGGCCGAGGAUCUGCUCUACGACCAAUACGACAACAGCUGGGACCUUGAUGGCCAGGACCACUCGUACUCGUGGAAUUCUCACCGUAGUCGGAAGCGCACACCUCGCUAUGUCGCCAUCAAGAAAAUCUACGUGACUAGCAGUCCGCUCCGCAUCCUCAACGAGCUCGAGCUCUUGCACGACCUCCGCGACUCGGAUUCUGUUUGCCCUCUCAUCACAGCCUUUCGCCACCACGAUCAGGUUGUCGCCAUAUUGCCGUACUACCAGCAUCUCGACUUUCGAGAGUACUUCCGCGACAUGACCGUCUCGGACAUGCGCCUGUAUUUCCGCAGCUUGUUCACGGCUCUCAAGUCCGUGCAUGAGCACAACAUCUUACAUCGUGACAUCAAGCCCACAAACUUCUUGUAUGCACCGCACCUGGCACGCGGCGUGCUUGUCGACUUUGGCCUUGCGGAGCGCCAGGGCACCGAUUGGCACGUCUGCACCUGUCAGCUGCGUCCGAACGAACGACAGCAUAAGAUAGACCACAGUGCCUAUGCCAGCACCAUCGCCUCGAAUCCCAACCAUGUCCCUACCUUCCCCAAGACGGAUACUCGCCCCAGCAGACGUGCGAAUCGCGCUGGUACCCGCGGUUUCCGUGCACCGGAAGUCCUUCUCAAGUGUUCGGCACAGACUACGUCAAUCGAUAUAUGGAGCACUGGUGUUAUCCUCUUGACGUUGUUGUCGCGACGCUUCCCGUUCUUCCACAGCGCAGACGACAUUGAUGCACUACUCGAGCUGACCAACAUAUUCGGACGGGCUCGCAUGCGCGAAACGGCACUGCUGCACGGUCAAGUCUUCGAGACCAACAUUCCCAGCUACAGUGAAAAUGGACAUGGAUUUGAGAAGAUUAUUCUCUGGUGCACGAACCGGUCCGGCAAAGAUGAGCAAGGUCGACGCCUCAACAACUUGUCGAGUGACGAAAGGGAAGCAGUGGAAUUCAUGGAGAGGUGUCUCGAAUGCGACCCGACCAAGAGAAUCACGGCCGAGGAGGCAUUGUGCCAUCCGUUUAUUUUGAAGAGCGAAGAACAAUUGUACGACGAUGACGAUGCUGUGGACAUGGUGAACUCGCCAUGAGUGGGGACGGCACCACCGCACCAGCCCUGGACCACCAUCCACAAACAAAAAAAGAAAGCCAGCCCCAGUCCCAAGGUCCAGCCUUCCAGCCAACGGGCGGGAACAAGCGGCAAUGACGCCACCGCGCCACAGCCAAACAACAAAAA